AAUCAAUCACUCUCCCCCUCCAUGUUAGGUAUCUUACCUACCCUACCUACCUAUAUUUUCUAAUCAGGACGCAGUGCCUACCCUUUGACUUAGCCUACAUUGGCCUGGUCUAUAACUGCCCAGAUAUCAUUCAUAUUUUCAUUAUGUCUACUUUCACCACCAGAAAAAGUUCUGAAUUCAAGAGCUAUCCAUUUCUGACCGCUGAAGAGUUUGGCGAAGUCUGCCAUCAUUUGGACAGGAAAUACUGCCAAGCAUUUCUUGGCCCUGUGAGGCAACAAUGGAGAUUGAACGUCCUGACUGCACUGGACACCUCAUUUGCAUUUGGUGAAGAUUACAAGACUUAUUUACAGAUAGUGCGCCCAUUGACACGGGAGCUUGAGCUUGACGAUGGUGGACUGUCCGAUCAGCUGGGUGGCUUCUCCUUGGAAAACCAACAGGCCGAGAACUGGCUUGCAGGUGACCAGGGAAUGAUCGACCUCGAGGACGCGGACGAGUAUGCCGUAAUUAGACAGUCGCGGGCCGCCGAGCCACCUAGCGUGACGUACGAAAUCCAUCUGCAUCCAACCUACCGCGCGCCUUGUCUGUGGUUUAGCCUGAGCGGGCUGCCCGCGGAUGAACCGAUGAUGGAUGUUGAGACAGUCUUUCGGCGCUUGGUGCCAGACGAGUUCAAGGCGCGGCUCCGAAACCAAGGUCCAAUCGCAGCCAUCUCAACAGAUCACCAUCCCAUCACAGGUGUCCCAACCUUCUUCAUCCAUCCAUGUCUUCUCGGUGAGGCCAUGUCGAAUUUCGACUGCUCCAAAGAAGACUACCUGAUGGUAUGGCUGGGCCUGGUGGGCGGGUGCGUUGGACUCUGGGUUCCAAGGGAGAUGGCCUCUCUCUAAGGUGACCGGACCGGGUCGAAUGUUCGAAGCUCCACUUUCCUAGGCCGAGGAGGGGUAUCGUGGGUAUAUGACGCUGCUCAUCACGUCGUGAUCCCCGGCACGGAAAGGGGCUUCGUUGACUGCGUUCCUUUACUAUGGCGCAGAGAAGCCCGCCUCCACUGGGGGGAGCUGGGUGCUCAGUCAUCGUCGCUAUCUUCCUCCAUGGCAACAUCGCUGUCCUCCUCCUCCUCCUCCUCGUCCCUACCCCGCUUCUGGCCCCUGCCGCCGUCGGGCGCGUCGGCAUCUUUCAUAACGGUGUCGGCGCUCGAGACCGGCUUCGAGGGAAGACCUGCGGCCCCUGAAGACGUGGAUGUCGCUCCGGGUACGGGGGCGUUGAAGAUGCUGUGCUGCAGCUCGGUGACCUCGACGUUGGUCGCGGCCGCCGGGUUCACCAGCUUGAAGGUGCCGUCCAGCUUUGCGAUGGUGUUUGACUUGGUUUUGGCAUACUCGAUUUUCUGAGGUGGAACAACGCGCCGUUAUUAGAGACCCAUACAUACAGUAAUGGUAAUACCUGAGAAGACUUACUAGCUUAGAGCCGAAAAAGUCAAAGCCGUCCAGAGACCGCAUCGCUUGCGUCGAUGCGUGAAUGUCCCGAAACACAAUAUGCGCUUGACCACGCAUCUUCAUCGUUUUGAGUACCACGACAUCAAGUAGAGGGCCAUAGGUUGAAAACAACAUAUACAAUGCCG